CGCCAGUUUUUUUUUUUUUUUUUUUUUUUUUUUUUUUUUUUUUAAAUCUUAAAUCCUGUAAAAAAAAGCAGCAGCUCCGAAUUGAAUGAAUUGAUGGGCACACUCCAACUGCUGGGCUGGAGAGACUGAACUUGGGCUUGCCAUUUCUGCUUCUUUGAAAGAGGAGACAGCUUGGGCUUCCUUUUAAUUUAGUUUUUCUCCUUCUCCCCCACCUCCCAACCUUCCCCCUUACCUUCCCCACCCCCUCCAUCACCUCCCCCCUUUUAAAUAAGAGGGUGAAGGGGAACCGGAGCGCACAAGGGGACUGACUCAGGACGCAGAGAAGAUGGGCAUCCUCAGCGUAGACUUGCUGAUCACACUGCAAAUCCUGCCAGUGUUUUUCUCCAACUGCCUCUUCCUGGCGCUCUAUGACUCGGUCAUUCUGCUCAAGCACGUGGUGUUGCUGCUGAGUCGCUCCAAGUCCACUCGCGGAGAGUGGCGGCGCAUGCUGACCUCAGAGGGACUCCGCUGUGUCUGGAAGAGCUUCCUCCUUGACGCCUACAAACAGGUGAAAUUGGGCGAGGAUGCCCCCAAUUCCAGUGUGGUGCACGUGUCCAAUCCUGAAGCAGGUGACGGUGCUGGGAGUGGUGCUCAGGGCAAGACAGCGGAUGGAGCCGAAUGCCACCUCCUUGACUUUGCCAGCUCCGAGCGCCCACUGGUGGUCAACUUUGGCUCGGCCACUUGACCUCCUUUUACCAGCCAGCUGCCAGCCUUCCGAAAACUGGUGGAAGAGUUCUCCUCAGUGGCUGACUUCCUGCUGGUCUACAUUGAUGAGGCUCAUCCUUCAGAUGGCUGGGCGGUGCCUGGGGACUCCUCUCUGGCCUUUGAGGUGAAGAAGCACCGGAACCAGGAAGACCGAUGUGCAGCGGCCCACCAGCUUCUGGAGCGUUUCUCCUUGCCGCCCCAGUGCCGGGUUGUGGCUGACCGCAUGGACAAUAACGCCAAUGUAGCAUACGGGGUAGCCUUCGAACGCGUGUGCAUCGUGCAGAGACAGAAAAUUGCGUAUCUGGGAGGAAAGGGCCCCUUCUGGUAUAAUCUUCAAGAAGUGCGGCGUUGGCUGGAGAAGAAUUUCAGCAAGAUGAAAUCUAGAUUAGCUGGUUAAAGGUAUGAUGGUAAUAGAGCUUUUUAUUUAAAAAGAGAUUUUGUAAAGCAAAGGAAAUUAAGAACCGAAUCCACUCUUUGAAUGGAAUCCCCUGGCCUCACUGAAGACUGGAAUUUACCUGUCAGAAGAACAUGAACUUCUAACCUCUCAAUACUUUUUUCACCGUUCAAAUGACAUUGGGCUAACUAGUAGCCCUGUCACCUCUUUUCUUACUGAAAAUUCCUGACUGAGAAGAUCCCAAAAUGGAGAGGGGGAAAUCCUGGUUCAGCAUGUGUUCAUUCUGCCCUGGGGAAGAAGUGAUAUAGCUGACUCAUGCUUUGGGACCAGAAAAAAAAAAAAAAAAAAAGACUCAUCUGAAUAAUUACCACAUUAGGGAAACUUCUAUCUACGUUAAGAUAAAGCAUAAUGCCUAGGUUUUAUUCAGCAUGAGUAGAGCCCAGCCGAAAAUCUCCAGAUAGUACCUGAUAACAAGUCCAGGAACCCAGGCUAUGUGGUUAGGACCUUCAUAUUUCAUUUGUUAGGGUAGUUUCUGACAUUGUAGUUUGUAGCUAUGCAGGUCUGUAUGCCAGUCUACAUAACCCAGAAUCCACAAGUGCACUUGUUGACGCCAAGAAGGAUCCCUAAAUCUGGAGGUUGAUCAUCCGAAUUCUGAGGGUUCCUUUCCAGGCAGAGAGGAAGGUACUAGAAGAAGAUCAAAUUGGCUAGGAAAGAAGAGGCAGAAAUGUGAGGGAACAUCAUGGAGUGUCACCAUGAAGCUGUGGAGGUUGAUACUAAUUCGUUAGCCAUGAAGCAAAGAAACAUACACAAGGCCAGAGAAAUAAGCUCAUUUAAAAGUGGCAUAGAGAAUUCACAGAUGAAAAACAGGGUCUUUAAUAUAUAUUUCUAGAAUGAGGGAGAGAGGGGGGCUGCAAGGGAAAAAAUACUUAAAUAUUUGUGUUAAUGAGGGAAUUUUUUUUUGUGGAAACAAUCACUUUUUGAAGCAUGUAUAUGGUCUGUAUAUUUUCAUUGGGUGAAUUACACCCCAUGAUACCUAUUAAAGAAAAAACCAGUGGGUCCUGUGGUGCUAAUCUGUUCCUCUCCAUUCCGACAAUCCCAGUGUGGCCCCACUUGUUCUUAGUCAGAGUCUCUGCAGCGUUGUUCUCACUGAAUGCUGAGCUGAAGGAUGCACCCAUGAGGGUUCUUCAAAAAGACCGUGGAAAAGUGGAAUGUAAAAGAGAAGUUUAUUUGGCUGCCAAAAUUUUUGAAAUCUGUACAAAAUUUUUCAUAAUACCAUUUCCCAUGAACUUUUUGAAGAUCACUUGAGUAUCUAUACUCAUUCGCAGGAGUAUAUAUACUCAGUACACACAGAUGCACGCACACACACACACAUACACAGGCAUUCUGUGAGAGGCAUGGAUUCUGGCUAUUCUGCUAUAGCCCUGUUUUCCUCCCAAAGUUAUUGAACAAUAAGGAAUGAUAGAUGAAAACUGAUAAACUGUCUUCAGUUGCAAAAUAGAAAAAGUUGGUUUCAGAUAAUUGUGACAAGUAAUUUUGGAAGCUUUGAUAUAAGGCUACCCUCAAUAUUAUGGAAUUUGGUUAAAUUGAAUUUUGCUUGACAUUUGAAUUUGGAACUGGCUCUUCCUAUCAUCCCAUUAGCUGAGGAUUAGUAAUCUAAGGUCAUAUAUUAUUAAAAUGCCAUAUAUGUAUACAUACAUAUAUAUAUAUAUAUGCCAUGUUUAUCUUUAAAAUAGACAGUCUAGUUUUACCCACACUUAACAUCUGAAAAGUGUAAUCCCCCAAAAGAAUAGAUAGAUCAGUUUGGUAUCAUAUUUUUUGUGUGUGUAUUGAGGAUACUAUCAAAUUGCCAUAUGUCAUUGUACUUAAAGAUACAAAGGUUCACAUUUCCAUUGUGUUAAUAACUGAAUCAUAACAUAAAACUAAUAUAAAAGAUAAUCUACAGUUGAAAGUAUAUUCUAAAUUAGGUUCCUAAAAUGAGAAAACAUUGGGAACUGGGGGUGCAAGAACCAAACUUUUAAAAAAAGUUAAUGCAACAUAUCUGUCAUAUCACUAGCUGGUAUAUUGUUUGGAUAUCAAACUCUAUUGUAACAUUUUAUGGCAAUAUCUAAGUUUUCCAAAGUUUUAAAUUUUAUUAAAAACAGAGUCACAGUGAAUUUUGAAAAUGUAAUGUUGUCUAAUUGUUGGAUAAUAAUAUUGAGAAUAUAUUAUUUCAUAUUCCUUAAUUGUUUACAGUCAAGACUUAUCAGUGGCCACAUUGAUUUUUACUUUCAAAAUACUGUAGAGAUUUACGUGGCCCCCUAGAGAAUUAAAACGAAACUUUGGCUGUAGCACACCCAUGCCAUUGUCCUUCAAUUUCCCCUUUUGUUAUAUGUGUAUGAUAAAGGAACAGGAUGUCAGAGAAGCUGGUGGGGGGAUGAGAUUUGGCUAUGGUAGUGCUAGGUUUUGUUGGGGAAAGGAUGAUGGAAAAAUCAGCCAGUUGUGCUCUAUUUGAAAGUCAGAGAAGGUUGUGUGUGCAUGCACAGUUCUCCCUGAGGGUAGUCCAGUGGAACAAUGAGGCAAAGGAAGGGAACAGUUAAAGAUCUCAGGCCGUCAGGGAGAAACACCUGUGGAACAGAAUAUGGAAAAGUUACUCGAGGAAAGAUUGUUGAAAGUAGACUGACAAAGCCCAGGAAUCCUGCAAGGUGUAGAAGGUUUGGUGACAUCAGAGUUAUGAGAAGUUUGUGAUUAGCUAACAUGUGUCUCAAAUGAACUUCAUGCCUUCCUUGUAAGCAUCUUUUAUAAAAUUAGUAGAACUCAUUAUUUGAGAUUCAGAAGAAUCAGUGAUAUGCUGAGAGAAAUUGUCAAAAUCUACUCACCUAUCAUGCCUUUUGAAAAGUUUACUUUGAAGAACUGUAUUUCUUUCACAAGAGAAAAAUUUACAAAACGAUAUAUACGUUUUAUAUCUAUUGUAAUGCUCUGAGUAUUUUUCCUUGAUACCUAAAC